CACCGGCUCCGUAACUACAGGGGCGAAUAACCGAGAAAAACCAAGCGAAAAUAUUUGAACAAGAAAGAAGAGAAGCUAGAUAAAGAAGAAAUGACACUUUUAUACUAGUUUUUGGAGAAAUAAGUCUGCAAACAUGGACCGCAGUGUUGGAUCAAGGCUGCAGAACAUGUUCCAGCAGUUGGAGAAAAUUGGAGGAAAAGCAGCCAAACAUCAGACAGGGGAAGACUUGCAGCAGAUCAGAUAUGUAACAUGUAAAAUAUUCCAGAUUAUCACUACUCAGGAGAAGAUAUAUAAAGACUCAAUAUUGAAGAACCCUGCUCAACUUGAUCUUUUGGUGCAGACUUUAAAGAGUGCUACAGACCGUGCAGUACUGGUUAACAUCAUCAACAUAUGUAGUGAGUUGCUGGGAAAAACACAAGUUGGAAAGAAAGCAAGUGCCUUUGUAAGUGUAAAUGCUACAAAUGUGGUGUUUCAAACCAUGGUGCAGGAGUCAGAGGACAACAGCCCCUCUGAGGACUUUAUGCUGACCUGUCACCAUGUACUGUCACGGGUUGGUCAAAAAGAUCGAAAAUUUGCCUUGAAAGCAAGAUUGAAUAGAGCAUUGUUAGUGACCUUGAACUUGAUAAAGAAUAAUAUCAUGAACUUUCGUAACCUUUUGAUCUUGCUACCUGUGUUUAAACUCUACACAAAUAACAGUGUGAACUCAUCAUAUUUAGGGAAGCAUAAUUCUAUUCCACCUAUCUGUAAGAUAGUGUUACAGUGUAGUCGCAAACAUGCCAGUGCCUUAAAAUAUGGUCUUGAUAUACUCAAUAACUUCACAAAGUCAAGAAACAAUGCUGCAAGGACUAUUGGUGGUGAAUAUGUUCCAGCUAUAUUGUCCCUGUACAGUGACUGGCAUCAGGCAGACACCAAACAUAGACAUGUCAGCAUUAGAAAAGGAUUGCUCAACAUUCUCAAAAAUAUAACAAACUUACGUUCAGGUAGGAAAGCCCUUGUUGAAGCUAAUGGCAUACGGGUAUUGUAUGAAAGUGCCCAGGAUGUUAUUGACUGUAGAGAAAUGGAAGGACUUAUUCUCCUUGCCAGUGUUAUCAUGAGAAAAUGUUGCCCUAGAAACAAACUACCACUAGGAAAUAUACGUAGUGUUGUCAAAUAUGAAUUACCAGAAUCAGAAUUGUACCCUCCUGAAGGUUUAGAACCAGGAGGGGCAAGGAAUACAGAGGGAGGGGAUAGUGAUAAUAGUUCACUAGAUGAUGAUGAUGAUAUAGACAGUGAUGAUGAAAGAUUCAAAACAGACAAUAUUGAUGAGAUAGAGGAUGAUGUAUGUAACUCUAGUCCCGAAGCUUUCAAACGUUCACCUGAGGACCUGAAACAGUAUAAUCAAUUUUUCCCAGAAUUGUUUGAAAUUGAUGUUCAGGAGCCGUCAGAAUCUGUGGUUGUUCCCACAGCAUCAUAUGAUACUGUGAUAGACAGAGAGAAGUUACGAGGCGUUUAUCCAGUUUCUACAGACAGUUUACAUAAAUCAGUAUCAUGUCCAUCAUCCAUGUUUAGAAUUCCAUCCAAUUCUAGUGAAUAUUCUGAUAGUUCGGGAUACUUUAGUGGUUCUAGAACUGGACAUUUACCAGAAAAUUCUAAUGAAGUUGAAUAUAUAGAAAGUUAUGGCCGAUCAAGUACAGCCAGUGCAAUUAAUCUCAAAACAGGUGCUAGUGUGAUUUCAUUAGAUUUUCCCUCGUCAAGCAGUUCUAGCAAAUCAGGAAGUUCUAAAAAGUCAGCAAACCAAAGAUCAAAGAAAGCCAAAGGUGGUUCAAAACGUGCUGGAAAGGAUAAGAAGCCAAAGAAAACAACAAAAGACAGUCAAUCUGGUCAAGAUGGAAUGGGAUGUUUCACUAAUGCACUGUGUAUCACACCAAUACCAACUGUGAUAGAUCAAGACGAUGAUUAUGAUCCAAAUAUUUCACCAUGUGAGGAUGAUGAAGAUGUGUUUGAUAUAAAACCAGAUCCAUUACUUUACCAGGAGAUGGGACGUGCUACAAAAUCUGUGUACAAGUUUGAAAAACUCGCGUAUCCAGAUCUGUGUGGAGCAAGGUCACCUCUUGACAUAGAACCAUUGUAUCAUAGAAAAUUUGGAGUUCAAAGAGCAAAAGUGUUUGAAGACAUUGAUCGUAUGAUUCACCCUGAACUUGUAAUAGACAGAGACACUUAUGACCUAGAUGCUAUAAAAGCCAGAACUGGUGCAAACUAUUCAUCUGAUAAUACAAAUAUCUCCAACAGGGAUGAAUUCAGGGUUGGAUCAGGUGGAAGAUAUGAACCAGGUCCUGAUUGUCUUAGAUUCUCAUCACAGUUUGAAAGUGGAAACCUGAGGAAAGCAAUAUUUGUGAGAGAAUAUGAGUAUGAUCUGAUAUUGAACCCAGACAUCAACACAAAUCACCAUCAUCAAUGGUUCUAUUUUGAGGUAUCUAAUAUGGUAGCUGACAGACCAUACAGGUUUAAUAUUGUCAACUGUGAGAAAUUGAACAGCCAGUUCAACUUUGGAAUGAAACCACUGUUGUUUUCUGUAAUGGAAGCUAUGGAAAAUCGGCCAUAUUGGGUGAGAACUGGGACAGAUAUCUGUUACUAUAGAAACCAUUUUACACGCAGUGCCCAGGCAACAGGAGGGGUGAAAGGAAAGACAUAUUACACUACAACAUUUACUGUUACAUUCAAACAUAGUAAAGACGUCUGCUACAUGGCCUAUCAUUAUCCGUACACUUUUGCAACUCUUCAGAUGCAUCUAGUCCAUUGGGAACAGGCCGUGGAUUGUGAGCAGGUGUUUUUCAGGCAACAAACCUUUUGUGAGACAAUGUCCGGUAAUCCGGUUUCGGUGCUUACUAUAACUGCCAGACCUAAAUCUGAAACUCGAGAGGGUAUUGAAGAAUUUAGAAGCAGACCAUAUAUAUUUCUGUCUAGCAGAGUUCAUCCAGGGGAGAGUAACUCUAGCUGGGUUAUGAAAGGCACUAUAGAUUUCUUGUUAAGCAGAAGGCCAGCAGCCUACAGACUACGCGAAAUGUUCAUAUUUAAAAUUGUUCCUAUGCUCAACCCAGAUGGUGUUCUCAAUGGAAAUCAUCGUUGUUCACUGGCAGGCGAGGAUUUAAACCGUCGCUGGGACAAUCCCUGUCCUAAACUACAUCCUACCAUAUAUCACACCAAGGGCCUUUUACAAUACCUACAGAUGAUCAACAAAACACCUCUGGUAUAUUGUGACUAUCAUGGUCACUCAAGGAGGAAGAAUAUAUUUAUAUAUGGCUGCAGUGCAGCGAUGUCAUGGAUUGUCAAUGAUACCAACAACCCUGGAUCUACAGGAAACAAGAUAGAAGAUAAUGGCUUCAAAACACUGCCAAGAGUGUUAGACUGUAUAGCUCCACAGUUCUCUCUGGCAAACUGUAGUUUUCUUGUGGAGAAGACCAAGGAGGCUACAGGACGUGUUGUGGUGUGGCGACAGAUUGGUGUCAAUAGAAGUUACACUAUGGAGAGUACAUACUGUGGUAUGGAUAGAGAGGGGAAAUACAAGGAUCAGCAUAUUUCUACAUGGCAUUUAGAAGAAAUGGGUCACAAGUUUUGUGAAGCAUUGUUAAGGCUUGGACGGGGUAGGACCUCAUAUAAUGCAAAUUCUGCCAUGCCUUCAGAAACCACAUUAGAACAACUUGGUGCUUAUGGAAAUCCGCAAGAUUACAUGGAUGACGUACCUGCCAAUCUCCAUUCUAUAGAGGAAGAAGAUAAAGAUUAUUGUGAUCUGUUAGCUGAUGAUGAGUCAUCAUCAUGUAUUGAUACCCCGGAUGAUGAUGAUUAUGAUGAAGAUAUGUAAAUCAUCACUGACUUAAUAAUGGUGAUGAUGAGUAUAGUUACAGUGAUGAUGAAGAUAAUGGGAAACCAUCACCUUAAAGAAGUCAAUCAAUGAUAAUGAUGAUCGCUUUGGUCACAUUGAUGAUGAUGAUUAGGAUGAUGAUGAUGAUAAUGAUGAUGACUUAAUAUAUAAUUAAUUAAAGUGACAGUUUGCUCUUUCUUUCAUUGUCAAGUUGAGUUAAAUUAGUAAUAUAUUUGAAAAGAAUGGCUAUUAUAAUAGUGAUUGACAAAUAAUGAAAGGCGAAAUAUGUUUUAGGAAACAAUAUAGAAACUACCUGAAUUAUAAAAAGACUGGCACACUUUUUUUAAGAUUUGAACAUAAGUGAUAAAUUGUGAACUAUAUUUUAGGAAUUUCUGUUGGUGACGUGGGUUAUUGUUUCUUUUUACAUAGUCGGAUAUAAAAUUAUUUUUAUUUUUACCUGUUCACUGACCAUUUACCCUUGAAUUGGAAUUAUGUCCCUUUAUUAAGGAUGAUGAUAUAUAAACUGAUAUAUUAUAAGUUAUGGUUAGGAUAAAACACUUUCAUAUUUUAUCAACACAACAUCAAAGUCAUCAAAAUACAAAUUACUGAAUUAUUAAAUGAAUUUAUGUUUUGUUGAGUUAAAAAGCUUUGGAAUGAAAAAGCAUUUAGCUUCAGUUAUUUGUUAAAGUUGCAAAUUGUUGAUCAAUGAAAUGUUGUUUUUUUAUUUUAAUUUAUCAAUGUGCUAUGUAAAUGUUAUGUUUAUAAUUGUGGUCCAACUUUAAGAGACCUUAACCUUUACAAAUUUCAUAAGAACAGUCCUGUGAUGAAAAUCAGCAAUUUUCUUGAAAUUAAAUGUUCUUUACUUCUUUUUGAAUGCAUUGAUUUCUUCAAUUUUAGCUAAAUGGUAUUCACUGAAAUUGCUUAAACAUGCCUUAGCUGAUAAAUAUUUUUGUGGUAUUUUCUUCAGUAAUCCAAAUUAAAAAAUUAUCAUGUAACUUUAUAAUGGCAAUUAUGAUGACGAUGUAUAUAAGUGCCAAUUUUAAUAACAUUUAAAAGAAAAAAAUUCCUAAUUUAAUAAAAGAUAAAUAAGAACAAGAAGAAAAACCAUUCUAACGUUCAUGUAAAUAUGAAAUAUUUAAUUUCAACAUAACUUGCUGAUUGACUAUACAGAAUGAAGAUGUGUUAACUCUCACACUGCAUAUACAGUCUGUGUAGUUGGUUGUGGUCUGCACUGUUGGCUAUUUAUUAAGCACUUAUUUUGAAACAUUCCCUAUAGAUGACAAACCUAUUUGUCUUGAUUGAAUGAUGGACAAGUUGAUUUGACAUAUUUAAUGGAGUGAGGGUUAAGGUCCAUGUUUUGCUUACCUGUGAUAAGUUUAUUAACUCUGUGGUAUGUUCAGUUUUGAUUAAAAAGCUGGAAGCAAAAUUUCUGUGUUAUAUACUUGUACAUGAUCAUACACAGCUUUUUGUAUUUUAUUUUUUUAAAUUUAUUUUGUUUCCUGUAUAUUUGUACAUUUAAAUUCAUUCAAUUGAAGUGUCUGUACAUAUAGAUUGCCAAUCAUUUUGUUACGGUAUGUGCUCGAGUUUUUUUUUUUUAAAGUUUUUAUUUUCAAAACUACUGCUGCUGCUUUGUUUGUUAGAUUACCAUAUUUGUGGUAAACAAGUCACAUGUGAUUGACUCUAGUUUUGAGCAUUUUAGGGAGUAACCUUUAUAAUAUGAUAUCAUUGUAUUGUGUUGUGACAGAGAGUGUUCAAUAGUUUGUACAGAAUUUAUUUAAGUUUGAUUGUGUAGGAAGAUAGAAAUAUAUAGACACACUCAAAUCUAUUCCAAAGAGUGUAAUGUUUCUUGCUCAAGGAAACAAUGACUUGCUUGUAAUUGGGUUUUUAAUAGUCUGAUGGGUUAACCACUUUGUCAUUAAGCCCCUCUAUACAGCCGGGGAGUAUUAAGGUUGUAGUCAGUAAGAUUUUUCAAUAAUUGCUUUUUAGUUGGAUGUUUUUAACAAUUAAUAGUACUUAAAGUUGGAGGCAAAAAUAAACAGUAUCAGUUUGUUUAAAAAAUAUAUUAACUUUAGAAAUAUAAUUAUAUAAUCAGUGUAAUAUCAUUUUAAAAUAUUCUUUAUUUUUAUAAGUAAAUAUUAUAAGUAUAUAUUGCAUUGAAAUUUCAUAGGUUCACAUAUAUAUGUAUAUGAAACAUGUUUGUUACUUGUUGAAUGAACUAAAUCUUUAUAUUUGGAAGUUGCAUUAAUUCUCAUAUCAUUUACUUAUUGUUUUAUUGUUAAAAAAGUGUUCAUGUUUGUUUGUAGUCUAGCUUUUGUUCAGUAUUUUAGAAAUUUAUUUAUGUUUUAUUGAUAAGUAUAUGAAAUAAUUGUAAAAUGGCUAGGAAGUGAUAACCAUUGUGAAACUAGUGCCUUAGAAAAUAUUACGUUAGAAUAUAUUGAAACUUAGAUUAUUAGUACUUGCACUUUACAAGGUUAAGAAAAUUGCAUUUUUCUGAUGGUUGUCGGCCAAACCUUAAGUUCAUUUUUGUCUGACUGUAAAUUUAUUACAUAUAAAAAGGCACUUAGAUUAAAACAAUAGAGAGUUGUAAAUGUAGAUAGGGAGUUACAAUUUGCUGUUUAAGACAUGCAACCAGAUAUACAUGUAUAUCUUUGGCAAGGCACUUGGGCAUUAAAUAUGAUUCCGACAGUAUCAUUUAAUAUAAGUUUUAUCGAUAGUUACUUAUACCGUAUUUCAAAUUAUUUCUGUGUAGGUUAGGAUGUGGACUUUAAUUGAUGUUUUUGGUUAUAUUGAGAUUGAAUUAUGUAAUUAAGUUUUACUUAAUAUAUUCAUAUGUUUAUAAUUUUUUUUUGGAAAAGAAUAUGAUUAGGUACAGCUUGUAUUUUUAUAGAAUGUCUUGAAUAGUAUUUAUCUAAAUGUUCAAGAUCCCAGUAUCUUUUAAUGUGUUACUUACAGAACAGUGUCAGUAUUUUUGAUAAGCUUAGAUAUCUAGUCAUAGAAGAAUGUAUAGUUCCAUAUUUAUGACUGAUUUGAUGAAAUGUAUCUUUUUUAUUAGUGUCUGCACAUACAGAAUUAUAACAUGGUUUGCUUUGUUAAUUGUCAAAGUAAAAUAUGUGUAAUUAUUUAUCAUCUUGAAAUAGGAAUAAAUAAUGUAGACAGAAAAAUGUAAUAGAUUAGAUACAAAUUUACAACAAAUGCAUUAUGGGAAAUUCAACUUAACACUUUUAUGUAUUUUGACUCUGGAUUUUGAAGGUUCAAUUUUUAGCACAAAUAUUUGAGGAAUAGGGAGAGCUAUUGUACUCACCAAGGCAUUUGUGUGAGUGUCUGCUUCGGCAUUACACUUUGCUUAAGUUUUUGUGUGCUAGUCGGUAUCCCCAAAUUUACUGAAGGGAAAUGGGUUGAUUUUGAGCGUAUAAUAGGUUACUAUCUAAGGCCUCUAACUCUUAAAUGGAUUUUGACAGAAUUAUGACCCUUUUUGAACUUUGACAAUUUAACAAUUGUGUUUUUUUUUUGCUCUUUUUUUUACUAUGAUGCACUGUGAAAAGUCGAGCACGCUGUCCUACCAACAGCUGUUUUAGGGAUUAAAGAGCUGAAAUAAUAAAGCAUAUUCUUUGAAAGCAGAUGUAUACACAACAUAUUUACAGUUUUAAAGGGUGCCAUUUGAAUUAUUAGUAAAUUUUAACAUAGCUAUAAACCAUAAACAAAAUAUACAGGGCAAGAGCUUGAGAAAGUGAUUUCUAGUAUAAAAAAGCCUACUCAAUAUUUUCAUAUAACACUGCAUUUUAUCAUUUCACAUCAAUAGGUGCACUUUUCAUAUCUUUUUUCAGAGAUUUUGUAUAUAUAAUGUGAAGAUUUUAUUGCAUUAUUGUUUUUGAUUUUUGCUCUGGGACAUUAUUUGUGUUUUACAGGUUGUUUAAUUUUAUAUGCCAGUUUUAUAAGAAAAGGGGACAAAUUUAAUUAACAUAUGUUAUUAUAUAUUUUUUCAAAUAGACUUUGGUUUAUACUUAUCAGUGUUUAAAAGGUUGAAAGAAUAAAGUAAAAUAUGUAUAGGAUAUUCAUACAGUUGUCAUUUUAUAUAUACUUGAAUUAAACAGGUUUUAGAAAGUAAUGGACAUUCAUAACUUAUCAUAGAUGAGUUUGACCUUGAACCUGUUGAAUUUUCUGAAAUGGACUUGUCAAGCUUCCAUUUUUAGACUUUCCCUUUAUCUACUUUGUGAAUUUCAAAAAUGAAAGUGUGACGUCAGUCCACCAACAGUAUAGAUCCUGGUAAGACUGCAUGGACAUGUAAGCUGGCCUGGCUGUAUACUGGUUGCUAUGGUUUCAACAGGUUAUUUGUAAAUAUCGGUAAAUGAUUAAAAGUUUAUAUUUGAUGACAGCCUGUGUAGGUUAUCAUAUGAUAUUAUAUAGCCAUAAAAUGUUUUAGAAAAAUGUAAAUUUUUAGUGUAAUAUGAAGAAAUACUUCCUGGUUAUAUACCAGUAAACAAGAAUUAACAAGCCACAUCAUAUGAUAAAGAAUAUUUGAGAUAUCAUGUAAAGUCAGUUUGACAGAAAAUGUUCCUAUUAUUGAACAUUCUUUCAUUCUAAAACCAGAAACGUUUGUUACUGAAAAUGUUUAUGGACAUUGAUGAGUAUAAACCAAAUUAUUGUUAAGCCUGAAAAUGAAUUAAUAUGGUUAUUUUAAAGUUGAAUCAUAUAACCAGUAUUUAUCAUUGUGAAAUGAAAAAUAUAAUGUGCCUACAGUAUGAUGUAGUUAUAAACUCUUUGUUAUCUGAAACAUAACAUAACAUCUGAAACAUAACAGCCAUAAUGAAGAUUUUUAUUUUCCCAGAAUUGUCUUUUGGUUUGUUUAGUGUUUUAAAGAUGCUUAAUGUUGUUUAAGCUAAGUUAUACUAACAAUAAGAUUUUUUAACAAGUUUCAAGGGUUGUUAAGCUUUUAUACUAAAAAAGAUUAAUUCACAAUUGAAAUUAUUGUCUCAUCAAAAGUCUACAAGAGAAUAAAGUUAUAAAUGAAACUGCAAUAAGGGUGUUUUGAUUAAUUUUGCUGGAUUAUAGGAAAACACAUAACAUUUAGUUAUGGAAACUUUGUUAAUGUCGAAAAUGAAAUUCAAAGCUAUGUCAGCAAAUUACAAGAAAGUGAUACGAAAUAGUAAACAAACUUUUUGAUAUUAAAACGUUUAAAGUAAAUUUUGAUGUUUCCGUUUAAAAUAAAAUCUGCCACAACUGACUGAUGGAGCAUUUGCCGUUUGAAAUUGUUGAAGUUUUAAGCUUUUGAUUGCAUUUAGCAUAUGAUUUAUGUUCAGGCUUUGCAUACAUUUACAUGUUUUAAUCUGUGAUAUGUUAUUUUUUAAAUAAUUUAGCUAGACAUAGAGUUAUAGAGGCAUUUGGCCAGUUGUCCAACAUAAUCCAAUACAUUUUUAGCUCGACUUUUCUAUGAAAAGGGGAGCUAUCCUACUCGCCCCGGCGUCGGCGUCGGCGUUGGCGUCACACCUUGGUUAAGUUUUUCGUACCACCCCACUUUAUUUCAGAAGUAUUACAAGUAUGGCUUUGAAACUUACCAUACUUGUUCACCAUCAUAACCUCCAUCUACAGACAAGAGUACAUAACUCUGUCAAGGUUUUUGACAGAAUUAUGGCCCUUUUUUGACUUAGAAAGUGUAUUGAGCUUGGUUAAGUUUUUUGUACCACCUCACUUUAUUUCAAAACCAUUGGAGGUAUUGCUUUGAAACUGACCAUACUUGUUUACCAUCACGACCUUCAUCAACAGACAAGAGGACAUAACUCUGUCAAGGUUUUUGACAGAAUUAUGCCCCUUUUUGACUUAGAAAAUACAUUGAAUAUGGGUAAAAUCCACUUAUUGCCUUAACCCUUUGAGAUAUUGCUUUAAAACUUUUAAUGCUAUUACACAUCAUUACCCCCAUCUGUACGCAAGAGAAGGUAACUCUGUCAAGGAUUUGUUUUAAAAAUUAAGGCCUUUUAUCGACUUAGAAUCUAAAAAAGCUUGAUAAAAUUUAUCUAUUACUUGUAUUAUAAGGUAACUAUAAUACUUUCACAUACAAAGUCAAAUCUAUAUAUUAUGCUGAUUGUACAAAAAUAUACUGCUUCCUUGGCAUAGAUUUCUUGAAAAAUUAUGUUAUUAUGUCAUUUACCAAGGUGUUCUGAGUGACGUAAAAAUACCUUAUUCUCUCAAAGUGGGUUUAAUACUAUUAAAUUUAUUUAAGGCUCAACUCAGUUUUUUUUUCUUUCUUACCAGCCCUCUUUUGACUUAAACAUUUCAAACUUUGCUGCAGUGUUCAAGGGUAUCACACAAUUCAGUAAAAUAAUUCUUCACUAAAUAUCUUAAUGCUCAUGGCCAUUGUUCACUUUAAAAAUACAGAGAUUCUUGUAUUGCCUUUUACUGCAAAAACUUUUUUUAUUGGCAAGCAAUAAAAAAGUCGAGCGCGCUGUCUUACGGACAGCUCUUGUUAAAGUUUGUUAUGUUCAACAUAAUUUGGUACCAUUGAGACUGUUGUAUUAAGCGACCAUAUUUGGCGUUUCCCUUCCGUGGUCGCUUAUUACAAGUUUGUAGUUUUAAAGAAUACCAUCACUAGAAUCAACUCCAAGGCUGCUAGUAUAUAACCUUUGUCUAGCUUAUAAACGUUUUAAUUCCUUAUAUUACAUUUAUUUGCAUAGUUUUCUCCCUUUGUGUAAAGAAAUAUUAAUGUACAGUAAAGGGUAUAAAGAGAAACAAGCCAAUACAGAAUAUAUACCAGUUUCUGAUUUGCACACAGGGAACCGUAGUUGUAAUAUUGUAGUUUAGCUGAUUUUCCCUUGUUUAGCAUGAUAUGCUGUAUUGAAUGCAUUAGAUUUUAAUAAAGAAAAAAAGCAUUUA